CAAGCAGCAAUAGGAGAGUAGCAGUAUCUACCUCACCAGCUACCCUCCAAACUUUGUGCUCUCUCUCUCUCUCUCUCCUCUGUCAUGCUUCUUCUACUCUCUCUUGUUUACUUCGCCAUAAGAGAAGGGGCAUUGAUGCCUUCUCACUCACUCACUGCUCUGCUAUUAUUACUCCUCCUCCUCAGUCUUCACACUCACCUCACCUCACCUCACUAGCUUUUAAAUAGCCCACCGUCCUCCCCAGUCUCUCCUGCCACACUCAUUCAUUUCACCCUCCCCUUGUCCUCUCUCUCUCUCUCUCUCACCCUUCACACAUGGCAUUCCGCCACGCCCUGGCCGUAACAGUCGCCCUCGUCCUCGCUUCCUCCGCGCUGCUGGCCGACGCCCGCAUCCCCGGCGUCUACACCGGCGGCCCCUGGCAGACCGCCCACGCCACCUUCUACGGCGGCAGCGACGCCUCCGGAACCAUGGGAGGGGCGUGUGGGUAUGGGAACCUCUACAGCCAGGGGUACGGCGUCGAGACGGCGGCGCUGAGCACUGCGCUGUACAACGACGGGCUGAGAUGCGGGGCCUGCUUCGAGAUCAAGUGCGCGGACGACCCCCGGUGGUGCAAAGGCGGCAACCCCUCCAUCUUCAUCACCGCCACCAACUUCUGCCCCCCCAACUACGCCCUCCCCUCCGACAACGGCGGCUGGUGCAACCCGCCCCGCCCCCACUUCGACCUCGCCAUGCCCAUGUUCCUCAAGAUCGCCGAGUACCGCGCCGGCAUCGUCCCCGUCUCCUUUCGCAGGGUGCCGUGCAGGAAGUCGGGCGGGAUACGGUUCACCAUCAACGGGUUCCAGUACUUCAACCUGGUGCUCAUCACCAACGUGGCGGGCGCCGGCGACAUCGUCCGCGCCAGCGUCAAGGGCACCCGCUCCGGCUGGAUCGCCAUGUCCCGCAACUGGGGCCAGAACUGGCAGUCCAACGCCGUCCUCGUCGGCCAGUCCCUCUCCUUCCGCGUCACCGGCAGCGACCACCGCACCUCCACCUCCUGGAACAUCGCCCCCGCCUCCUGGCAGUUCGGCCAGACCUUCUCCGGCAAGAACUUCCGCGUCUGAACUCCCCCCCACCUCCACCUUAUCUCCCAUGGCGUCUUUAUUUUGAGUGAUCCCUCCGCCCAAGAGACGAAGAAGAAGUAGAAGGCUUGCGGGAGUUUGCACGCGUCCGAGUAGUAGCAGCAGCAGCAGUAGCAAUCAAGGCAGCAGUUGAAGUGGCUGCAGCUCAAAACUGGAGCAUGUAGCCCGCAGCUGCUUAACAUAUCAUGCGUCUUAAUCGUCAUUUUAGCCCCGUCAUAAGUGUAAGCACAUCAAUUCAAUAUUAAGUUAUAAAUUAGAUUCAAAUGCAUAUAUCA